AUGACUGGUCCCGCUACCAACCCACCGGCCAGGGAGCCUGGAAACUUGGAUGCAGCCACAGCAACUUCAACCGCCGCUGCAAGCUCAACCAACACAGCCGCUCCAAGGGAGUCGCUGCCAACUGCCGCCCCAGCUGAUGCCUCUCAAGCCAUCUCCGAGCUUACUGUACCUGAAUCUAACGAGAUCGAACCUGCUGAAGAAGCUCCUACUGACGAUGAUGGUAACUCUGUUUAUGAGAGGGUUUCUUCUUACAGUGCAUCGCUGGUGUCCAGCGCAAUCAACUACCCCAUUGAAUACGGCCGUAGAUUCCAUUCCUUCAGGGAAGGAGUCUAUGUGCUUCCCAACGACAACCUGGAGAUAGAGAGACUGAACGUCGCCCACAACAUGGUGGUCAGAGCCAUCGGAGAUAGACUCUAUCUGGCUCCGUUGGAGAAGGAAAAGAUUCACAAGAUCCUGGACGUAGGAACUGGCACCGGAAUUUGGGCUAUUGAAAUGGGGGACUUUUUCCCCAACGCGGAGGUCUUCGGAAACGACCUGAGCCCUAUACAGCCCGAAUGGGUCCCUCCAAACGUCAAGUUCUUUGUUGAAGAUGUGGAGAGUCCGUGGAUCGACGACGAGAUGUAUGAUUUCAUAUUCAUACGACACAUGUUGGUCUCAAUUGCAGACUGGCCGAAGCUCGUCAAGAACGUUUAUGAUCAUCUCAACCCCGGCGGCUGGGCUGAAUUUCAAGAUCUGGAUAUUCAGUAUUACUCUGACGACGGCACUCUCACUGAGGAACACGAAACUCGUAAGUGGAACAAGCAAAUCGUGGCAGCCUGCGAAGGGAUAGGUAGAACCGGUCGGCCAGGACCACAGCUCAAAGGCUGGGUUACGGAUGCAGGAUUCCAGCGCAUUGCCCACCAAAGAUUCAAACUCCCUAUGGGGCCAUGGCCUGUCGAUCCUCACUAUCGGGAUGUUGGAACUCUCAACUUGUACCAGCUCUUGGAUGGCUUAGAAGGGUUCACUUUGAAGCUCUUCUGUGACCACCUGGGCCGAACUAAAGAAGAGGUCUUUGUCACGAUGGCGAAGGUCCGUAAGGAGUUGCAUGAUCCCUCCCUUCAUGGGAUCUUUGACCAUCAUGUGGUCUUCGCACAAAAGCCUGAGGUCAGCGACGAGGACAAAGGCGAUGCGUAA